UAAAUCCAACGAUAGAAGAAACGAGGCUUACGCUAAUGGCAUGUGAUUGCACGCACGGCAUUAUGACGGAAGAACACAUCGACCAAUCACCACCACCUGACCCAGACCCGAUUCAAAGCCCGAAUUCGAAUUCAGUAAUCCACCCGAGGCGGGUACCUUUCGAGCACGGUCUCCUCCCGAUCCAGAAGCUUAAUUUUGCCGACCCGAUCCAAACCUUAGCUCCGAUCAACCAAAAGCUAGCGUCUUCGGCGACGAACAAUCGCGUAGGAUCUGCCGCCAUUUCCGACGCCCUCCUGAUCUCCGGUGACCAUGCGCGCCUCGUUCUCGAAACUCUCGGUUCGGUGCUCCAUUCCGAGACUGAUCCACUGGUCCUUGCCAAACCGGAGGAAGUUGAUUCGAUUGGAGCUGAUUUGAGGGAUCUGAUCUUGUUCCUCUACAUUCAAUCGUAUAAGAAGUUGCUCCCUAGGACGCACAAGGACUCCGCCGCUGUGGCCGAUGUCUGGCCGUCGACUUCCGCUUUCGAUGGAUACUUGUCGGCGUUAUCGCCAAUUCAGCUUGUUCGUAGCAACAGCCGUCGAUUUAUGCCAUCACCAGCAGAUGAAGAAGCUCAUCAGUUAUCGUAUCUGCAAAAGCACAUGUCAAAUAUUAUUUCUCUCCUUGCAGAGCCUGUGGAGGGAGAAGGAGAUGAAUCUUUGGUCCUAUCUAUGGAGAGCUUUGAGCACAUUGGUUUUCUUCUUCAUUUUGGUGAUAAGGGAUCUGAUGUACUUUCUUUGAGCCAAGCUACUCCUUUCUUUGCUAAUUCUGAUCCUGAUAUGCCCGCUGUUCCCGUUCCUGCUUCCCAAGUGCAUGAUUGGCUUCUGAAAAACAUAGCUUCCGCCUUGGAAAGCAUUUCUGACAGAAUUUCUGGGAAAGAAAAUGGACCAUCAAAUGCCUCUGAUCAAGAUGCUGCAACCGCAGAUGCCUCUGCAGCUCUUAGUAAAGCUUCAUCUAACGAUAGAGGUCCUUGUAUUAUCGAGGGAGUCUCCAAGACUUCACUUUUCAAGCAGGCUUCCGAUCUUAAGGGUAGAUCUGUGAAGGUUGCCAAUUGCCAUGAUUCUGUCAUUUAUCUUUUAGCGCCAUUAAGAUAUGCAACUGUGUAUGGAUGUUCUGAUUCUACUAUCGUUCUGGGAGCUGCUGGCAAGGCAGUAAGAGUUGAGCAUUGCGAGAGAGUUCAUGUGAUUGCAGCCACUAAACGAAUCUGCAUCGCCAAUUGCCGUGAAUGUGUGUUCUUUUUGGGAGUCAAUCAGCGACCUCUUAUUGUCGGUGAUAACAACAAACUACAGGUUGCUCCAUAUAAUACGUUUUACUCACACUUGGAGGAGCACAUGACCGAGGUUGGGAUUGUGCCAACUGUCAACAAAUGGAAUGAAUCCUUGGCGCUGGGAGCAGUUGAUCCGCAUGACUCACUGUCACAUCCCACCGGUGCCUCUGAAAAACAAUCUGACUCAGCUUCUUGUGUGGACCCUGACCAGUUCACUAACUUUUUGAAAUCCGAAAACGAGAAUUUGCUACCGCGUUUCACAUGCAUUUCAAAGACUGGCUCUACGCAACGGGAAAUAUCAGACAACUUUACUGCCUACAAGGUGAUUAAUUCACCCACCAGUGGCGAUGGAAGAUGUCUCAGUCACUGCAGAGUUUUCUUGAUCCGUUCCUCUUCAGAGAUUGCUAGAAAGUAUGACAUCAGGACUUUAACUGCACAGCACGCUGCC